UCUAAAUUACUUCCGCCUAGCAGACUGUAGAAGUCUUGUUAUUUUGUUUUUGUUGAAUUUUCAAAUUAGAUUAGAAACUCAGUCAGGACAUAUUUUAUGGUGACAAUUUAUACAAGCUAAUAACCAGAGAAUGACGUCUCGCAAAUGGUUCCAUCCUAAUAUUAGUGGUAAAGAUGCUGAAUUUUUACUACAAGAGCGGGGUGCAGAUGGAAGCUUCCUUGCCAGACCUAGUCGUAGUAAAGAGGGCGAUUUUACACUUUCAGUUCGGCGAAAUGGUGAGGUCACCCACAUUAAGAUACAAAAUACAGGAGAUUUUUAUGAUCUAUAUGGCGGAGAAAAGUUUGCUACACUAUCGGAACUUGUACAGCAUUAUAUGGAAAAUCAGGAACAAUUAAAGGAAAGGAAUGGGGAAAUUAUUGAACUGAAAUAUCCAUUUAAUUCCGAAGACCCUACACCUGAAAGAUGGUUUCAUGGCCAUAUAUCAGGUAAAGAGGCUGAGAGAUGUUUAAUGGAUAAAGGUAAAAAUGGUAGUUAUUUAGUACGAGAAAGUCAGACUAAUCCAGGUGUAUUUGUUUUAUCAGUGAGAGGUGAAGAUCGAGAUCGAGUUACUCAUGUGAAGAUUAGGUGUACGGAUGGGAAAUACGAUGUAGGUGGUGGAGAUAAAUUUUCUAGUUUAUCAGACCUAGUUGAACAUUAUAAAAAAACACCCAUGGUGGAAACCUCAGGAACAGUAGUUUAUCUUAAAAAGCCAUUUAAUGCCACAAGAAUAACAGCCUCUGGUAUAGAUAGUCGGAUUAAAGUUCUACAACUAGAAAAAGAUGCGAAAGAUAACAACAGUAGUAAUAAAGGGGGAUUCUGGGAUGAAUUUAAGUUUUUACAACAACAAGAAGUCAGACAGUAUGAUAGAAAAGAAGGUCAAAGGCCAGAAAAUAAAAUUAAGAAUAGAUAUAAAAAUAUUUUACCUUUUGAUCAUACACGAGUUAUAUUAAAAGAUGGAGAUCCUAAUGUUGUUGCAUCAGAUUACAUCAAUGCUAAUUUUAUCACAUCUGAAGAAGAAACUAAUGAUCGUAAGAAACAGUAUAUAGCUACACAGGGUUGUUUACCGAAUACUAUUGUGGACUUCUGGAGAAUGGUAUGGCAGGAGAAUACAAGUGUUAUUGUCAUGACAACAAAAGAAGUUGAAAGAGGAAAAAAUAAAGCAAUGAAGUACUGGUCUGAAAUGGAUUGUCCGAAAGAGUACCCUUAUUAUAAUGGUAAAAUAACCUGUAAAUUAUUAUCAGAAUUUAAAGAAACGGAAUAUAUUACUAGGGAAAUGGAAAUAACAAAAGAAAAUGCAGAUGGAAAGGUGGAAGGCACCAGAAGAAUAUUUCAGUAUCAUUUUCAAACUUGGCCAGAUUACGGAGUACCACAAGAUCCUGGUAGUGUGUUAAAAUUUCUGUACACUGUCAAUAGUAAACAGGAAUCUAUAGAGAAUGCUGGACCUCUUGUAGUUCAUUGCAGUGCUGGUAUUGGUAGAACAGGAACGUUUAUUGUUAUAGAUAUGAUUUUAAACCAAAUUAAAACACAUGGUUUUGAUACAGAUAUAGAUAUACUGAAAACAAUACAGGCUGUACGAUCACAGAGAUCGGGUAUGGUACAAACAGAAGCCCAGUAUAAAUUUGUAUAUAUGGCAGUUUCACAUUAUAUAGAGACAGAAAAACAAAGACAAGCGGCAGAACAGAUGAGUCAAAUCGCAGGUCGAGAGUACACUAAUAUAAAGUAUGCGCAGGGACUAAACCCAAAUCAAGCCAGACCAAUCCCACCUGGAGUUGUAGCCACCCAGUCACCCCUGUCACGAUCUACCCGACCAGAGAAAGCAGCACCACCGUUACCGGAAGAAAAAUCACAGAUCUAUCAAAAUAUAGGAGCAGUGGAUUCCACGUCUCGUAAAUAACAGAUUUAUACAUGUGAUAUCAGAUUAUACGAGGGACCUUUUCUUUUAAACUGAGUUGUCUUCCCCUUUUGGGAUAUCUACUGAAGACUGAUUAUGGCACACACACAUCUCAAUACUGUCUCUCUUUAUAACAUGGCAGUGAACUAGAAACCAAAAGUUGAACCGUCUUUAAAUAUUGAAACAUAUACCUUUUAUCUGUUUUAGUGUAAAGCUUUAUAAAAUUUACAUUUUGGAUUGACGGUUUUAUCCAAAAUUAGGUGGCAGAGUGGGUGUUUAUCUUCUUUUAGUAUGCCAGACAUAAAUGGGAGAUGACAUAAUUUUAGUAGAAAAAGGCUAUAUGUAAUAUUAUAUAAACCAGUAACAUAUGAUACAUGUUUAUGUCAACCAAUAACAUCUUGGAUUGGAUGCUCGAUUGUUUGUCCAGAAUCUUCCCAAUUGUCAGAAUUGUAAUUGGCUAGUAUGGAAUUUUAUCCUUUCACAGCUCGGUCAAUCCUGACAGCUGAGGUAGAAUUGGUAUGUAAUUAAACACAAUGAAUAUGUUUCAGCUGUCGUGGUUGGAUGAGUAUUCUCUUAUCAGUUGACACAUGGACUGUAGCUUUUCACCCAAUUGUCAAUACACCUAGGAUUAAGAGAAUAUAGUUCUGGAAUAUUCAAUUGAGUAUCACCUCAUUAAUAAAGCAUAAAUUGUGGCCAGUUAAACACUGAAUUUAGAAUUUAAUAUUUCAACUCGGUGUGUGUGUAGAGCAGGGCUUAUACUUCCAAAUUUUGAUUGGUCAUUUUUACGGAUGUUUUAUUUACAUGUGUGACAUUCAAAUCUGAAAACUCUUAUAGAAAUAUGAUUAUUUAUUACAUAUUUAUAAAAUAAAAACCUGUUUCUUUACAGAACAAUUUGAUUGUAUAUUUUGAUUUUUUAAGUAAUUUAAUUGUAUUUUAAUGAUAUGUUAAAUAUAAAUUGUAAAAUAUAAAAAAAUGAAUGACCGGUAUUUUUCUCAUGCUGGCUAAACAUUGACUGGUCAAAAUUGUUGUGUUGAGACCUUGUCAUAGAAGUGUGCGUGGUUAUGUAUUCUUGUUUAUUUAUUGUUGUACUCCCAGAAUCUUGUGAGUAUUUUACUCCAUAAAAUGGUUUAAUCUACAACACUUUAGUAUGUCAAAUCAUUAUUAUUAUAUACUGAAAGCCAUUAAAUGCCAAAUUCAAAGUUUAUUUACUACAACAACUUUUAACAAAUGUACAUAACAAUUGACAAAAUCGAGAUAACAAGCAUCUGUGGAUAAUUUCAUGAAAGAAUUCACUACAAAUGCACAAAACCGAAACGUCAGAGAACCAUGAAACAAAGCAGGGGUCAGCUGAAGUCAAUAUCGGGUAUGUCCACCCUGAGCUCUUACACAUGCUUGAAGUCGCCUUGGCAUGGACUGGCACAGGUGUCUCACUACACGCUGUGGGAUUGUUUGCCAAUGAUUUUGGAGUCCCUCUGCUUGAGUUCGAACCCGUCGUCCAAGUUCAUCCCAAAGGUGUUCGAUCGGGUUGAUGUCGGGAGACAUAGCGGGCCAAUCCAUAACACGGACAUGAUGAUUGUUCAGAAAGUCUCUUGUCAACCUGGCAGUGUGGAGUCGGGCGUUGUCAUGCUGGAAAACCAUCUGUCGACGGAUGCCAUGUGGAGCCAGCAAUGGAAGCAACACCGGACAAAGGAUGGCGUCAACAUAGGGUUAAGAUUGCCUUGGACCACCACCAACUGGAACCGGAAGUUGAUGUUGAUAGUGAUAGCGGCCCAAACCAUGACGCCACCUGGAAUCUGUCGCGCAGAUGCUGUAGUCGGAUGUGGCGAUCUUGAGCAGCAGUUGUUACAGGUGGCGGUCGAUCGGCAGGUUUUCCAGUGGCAUGGAAGCAUUGUCUGAGACGAGCAAUGGUCGAUGGGUGGACAUUAAAGUGUUUGGUGACGGCUACCUGUGUAGCCCCCUGAUCCAGCAUGUUAAUAGCUCUGUUCCUGUUUUCUUGUGUAAGGCAUGGCAAUUUUCCAAAUUGAUGAAUAUUGAAAUUUUGAUCUGUAUUUAAAGGCCAGAGUGCAGGGAAUGCACGUGCAAAACGUGUGACAUGGGACUGCUUAAAAUCGUGAAAAAAAAGAUUAAAAAAAAUGUUUACCAGAAAUAUUUCACGAAUUGGGCAUUGCGUUUUUAAUGGCUUUGAGUAUAGUAUAAUAUUACAUUGUAGGUCAAGAAUUAUAUUUCAUGGCUGUUUUUGUCUUCACAUGCUAUGGCCCCGAGUUCACAAAGCAUUCUCAGACUUAAGUUAAGAAUUUACACAAAUUGUUUGCCUUAUUUUAACUAAAAUAUAGCCCUUUAUAAAACUUGUGUUGUUUCAAUGUAUCAAAUACAUCCAUAAGAAACUAUGUGCAAAGUUUUGUGCUUCUAGAUCAAAGAUAUUUCUCAUAAACAGUGAUUGAAAGUUGAUUAAAUUCUUAACUUAAGUCUGACAAUGCUUUGUGAACUUGGGGCCAGGUCUUUCAGGUUAAAUGCCCAUUAACUACCAUAAAAUGGAAACACAGAGUGGGCCACGGAACUGGAGCCGAUGGGCUCUUUGGCUAGACUGUCCGGAGUUUGAAUCCCUGCAUGGGCAGAGAAAAACUAUUGGAUUUCUCAAGCCGGGUUCCAACUUGUCAGUUGUGGUACUUUUGGAGCUGACAAGGUCAGUUGUUUGGAUAAGAUAAACAAGCGAGUUCCUCACAUGUUUGUAAAAAAUGUACACACAUAUAAAACCCUUGACAAUUGGAGUUGGAUGAAGCCAGUGUGACCAGGAAGUUAGUCUCAAAAUGAAUGAAAUGAAAUGAAAUGCAAUGGAGUUUUAACGUCCUACUGUUUUGCUCCGAACUGGGCUAAUGAAGACGGGCAUACGCCAUACAGUGUGCUAUGAGGGAAAUUUUGCCCGUACACCGGCACUAAGGCCUACUCUUAUCGAAUUCCAACUGUCAAGGGAUCUUUUACGUGCACGCCAAUGUGUACACAGGACCUCGUUUGUUUUUUUUGUCCCAUCUGAACGACUAACAGCUGUCCUUGUCAGGCCCUCCGUCCUACAUCGAUAGUCUAAAAAUGACCACUUUAUUCCAUUCUACUAUCAAUUGGGUGACAUUAUUCCCAUGCAUGUGUGCUAUGGUUCAUUGAAUAAAAUUACUUCUGGAAAAGGAAAUUCUUGACCUUUUUAUGUAUCAUCUCAUCUCAUUGCUUGCCUGCUGUUAAAUAAUAAAACAUUGUAGAAAUAUAUUGUUGAGAUUUACCAUAAAUCUACAUAAUAAUAUUUGUAAAUAUAAUGUAAUAAAAAGAGGAGGAGGAGUGUAACCCUGUGGACAAACUUGUGUCGUCAUUUACUGUUAGCCACCCUUGGUAAUAGUCAAGCUAAAUAAAAUUGUAACAUGCUUAAGAGUGAAUCUUGUGUUUUGAUUGGUCAAUUAGACACUGUCGAUUGGACAAUAACUCCCCUCUGUUUUAGUAAUUUCUGUUAAAAUGCUAAAAUAGCAUGUUACAAUGUUGAUAAACACUUCCUGUUUCGCAUUUAGGGGGUGUUAUUUUCCAAUAGACAUGUCCAGAGACUUUACAUUAGAAACCGCCCCUCUAAAUGCGAAACAGGAAGUGUUUAUCUCCUAAGUAUCUGAUCGUCAUUUGACAGGAAUUUUUAAAUCCCUUGUAAACUACAAUAUUGUGAAAGUUGAAUCUCUAAAACGAAAAAUAUAAGUCCACAAAUGGUUCCGUUCCGUUCAGUAUUUUAUAAAGAUAUGAUUAAAGAUACAUUAUGGGAGAUUAGAUAAAGAGCUGGCAGUUCUCACUAUAAUAGUUAGAAACUAGAUAAUGUAAAGGGAAUUUGCUGAAAAUUUCAGUCAAAUUGAUCCACUCUGAACUUAGAUUUUAGCAAUUGAAUUUUCAGCACAACCUCGAUCAUCAUUACUAAAGUCUGUACGAUAAAAAAACAUAGUCUUGAUUAUCCAUUUCAUGAUCAAACUAUGAAUGGAAGUCGAAUAGGAAAUCGGAACCUAAUCCAAUAAACAUCGCAGCCUAGCGAUGCCGCCAAUAAGUUGAUUAAUGUCUAAUAAAUACAUCGAGAGUUGAUUAUGGUCUGGAUAAGUUAAUUAAUGUCUAAUUAAUAAUUUAGAUAACAUUUCAGGCCUAAAGAAAGACCUGCAAUACACAGAUUUAGCUCUUGCAUAAUGUAUGUUUAAUUAAAACUUUGUCAACAUUUAGCAUCCUCUGUAUACGAUAUAUCAACUGGAUAUGGUAAAAACAAAGCAGUAGCCCCUGUAAUGUUUACCAAAAUGUUUUGAUGGAGGUCUUUUAAAUCCAAACCUUUGGUAUUUUUAUCUUGUUUUCUUGAAUAAGUACACAAUCUGAUUAAAACACAGUUCCUAUUUCGUUUUGUUUUUAUAGUUCAAAAUUUCGUUUACUUGUCUUUACUACACUAGGAUCUGGAAGAGUAGUUAUCAUUGACGUGUUCUGAAUGGUGUGAGGGCUUAGCCAAUGAAACGGUCUGUUACAGCGAGCUUUAGGCGUGUUUUGCAUGGAACUGUGCGUAAUCCACUAGUAACAUCUCAAUGCUGAUUGGUUAAUCAAAUGUCUGACGUCAUGGGGUCAAAAGCCGCUCGUAUGACCUCUUGACGCGACCUAUCAUUGCAACUGGUCAAAUCUUCAUGUAAUGUAGGCCAUCGAAAGUAUAAUAAAACGAAACGUAAUAUAGAUCUAUAUUUUAAUCAGAUUGAUAAGUACAUUAAGCCAUAAAAAAUUAGAUAUUAUCCAAAAAAUGCAAAUGAUGAUAAGCAAAUUUAAGCUUUCAAUUAGAGAUGAUUUUAGGUAACAGUACAAUAUGUUUCUUUACAAGAUUUGAACUUUCUUUUAAAAGAGCCAUAGGCCCAUGGAUUUCUAGCAUUAAUAUAAAAGACCCAGUAAUACUAAGUAAUUUCUUGCUGUAUACCAAUCCAAUCUUAUUAAUGAAGAAUGCCUUAUAUAGUUUUUAGAUAUAGUAUUUUCUGAUUGCAAUUUGUGAAAAUUUAUUUAUUAUGGUCACAGUCAAAGAACAAUUGGUGUAAAGAAAUGUGAUGUAAGAAAGAAAAAAAAACCAAAUACUAUUUAAUCUUUUAUUGGCAUUUAGUAACUGGAUAGAGCAAUGAACUAUAUCACUUACUUAUGAAAAAAAAACCAGCUACUAAUUUAUUUGGCCGACAUUUUGAUGAGUAGUUGCUCAACGAUAGCUUGAUAACUUUGACAGAAUACUCUUUGAAAUGUUGCCCAAAUAAAUUAAUAGCUGCUGUAUAAUUUAAAUAAUAUUUACUAUAUUAUUAUAUUUAUGAAAAACUCCUUGCUUCAGUAUUCAAACUUAAUAGUUUAUCUAUGUAUAAUGAUUUGAUUUUAUAGAUUUUGAACAGAGUAGAUUGUACAGUUAACCCUUUAGCGGACAUCCAUACACUAUUGCUCCCUCUAGUGCCACAAACUGCCUGAGUCACGUUAAUUGCUGUGAAUUAUUAAGGACUCUUUUCUGUUCCUGUGACUCUGGCAAUUUGAGCCUGUCUAUAAAUCUAUAGUUUCGGUCAGAUUCAGAAAUGUGCUACAAAAUUGAUAAAACUUUAAAUUUAUCUUUAAUUUUGCCUGGUACUGAAUGGAUAUAGUAAGAAAUUACUUUUUCUAUAUCUAUUUCAAAAUUUACUCAGAUUUCACCUGCUCAGAAAAUUCAAAAUAUCUUGCAACUUCCAUAAUAUGGUAUUUGAGAAGAAAAAUAACUUUUUUGGACUUUGGGUCCAGUUUUGGUUGUUUCGAAAAUUGAGCUACAACCUCACUGUAAAAAAUAGAGAUCAUGUUUCAAAAAUUGUUGAAGGGAACUGGGUACCAGGUCCUGAAGGGUUAAUAAGAUUAAUAGGUCUCUGUUACAAUUAAUCAAAUAUUUUAUGUACCUAUUGUUGUGUGGAUGUAAGGGUACAUGGACAUAUUAGCACGCAAUGACCUGUAUGCAACUUCUCAAUGAAGAUCAAAGUUGCCACAUUAACUUGAGUAAUGUGUAGAUAAAUAAAGACGAAAAAAUAAAUUAUCUUUGUUUGAGAAGUAUUGUUUAAUGGUCGAGACCGAGACAUUAAGUAAUAUAUUGUAACAACAAGAGGGUCGUAGGCCCGAGUGUUUUUACAAUAUUACGCAAUGUCUUACGCUCGGGACCAUUAAACGUCUUAAAAUACAGACACUGCGCACAUGCUUUUACAGUGAAAUACGUCACACGAGUCCAGUAUUUCACUAGUAUAAAUAAUGUAUGAUUGGCAAGUUGCCAGUACGAUUAUUUGAAAUAAUGGUACACCAACAUCAAAGGGUGACGUCACAUCUGUAUUUUAAUAAUAAUAUUACGGCUACAAGUAUAAAUAAGCUUGUAUUUUAGCUAGGUAGCUGCUGGUCUGUGGUAUCACAGAUUAGGAGAAGUUGAGUCUUGUCAAUCGUAAAUGUCUUGUUUCACUUUGUUUUUGUGAUUACCGGUAAUCUGUAUUUAAAGUUUCACAAUUUUUUGAUAAGAUGUUAUGAAAUUUAUCAAUAGGUGUUCAGAAAGUAAAUUUGUAGCAGAUAAAUCUUGAAGAUAAACAAUCUAGAAAAGUGCUCAGUUGUUAUGAUUAAAAGAACAGGAUCUCUUUGAUUUGGGUAACAAUUGGAAGUUCCAAUUAGGUUAAAUUUUAUGUAUUAAAGUUCAAUACCCUCAGGCAUAGUUAAGUCAUCUGUUUCACCUUGUAAACUUAUUUUUAUUGAAAAAAUAUCACAUUAGUAAUGGCCAAAACUAAUAUAAGACUCAUAUUGCCCACAAUUCAUAAAAAAAAAGAGUGUCAUUAAUAUCUAAGCACAUUAUUGAACCGGUAAUGCGAAUGCCUAUCCAUUCAUUGCUUGGUGAAUGUACUACAUAAUGGGGGCUGUUUUUAUAUUGUCAAAAGAGCUUCCCUUGAAUAUAAACUAAUUGAUAAUUUAGAUAACAUUUCAGGCCUAAAGAACGACUUGUAAUAAGCAGAUUUUGCUCUUGCAUAAUGCAUGUUUAAAUUAUUUGAAGUUUUAAUUUUAUGGCUUGUAAAUUGACUAACAGGUAAGGUCUCUUACUGGUAAAUAUGAGUGAAACAGGAGGUGUCGUGCCCUGAUCUAUAAGGACAAUUUUAUUUUGACCUAAAUGAAAGAGAUGCUGCUUCGAAUCGUGUGUUGGUAGGUUUUUUUAAAUGGCUGUUAAAGUAUGUUAUUAUUUAUAUGAACAUUUAAUAAACGGUAUAUUAAUUGUAUAAAUAUGAUGUAAACUAUUGAAUAAAAUUAAAUUUUAUGUAAAAGGUAUUGUCUGAUAAAGAAUUGUAUAAACAUAA